GCAAUUUCAAAAAGAUAAGAAAGAAACAAGGGGCUACAAAUUUCAAAAAUUCUCUCGGCCCAAUCACCUAUCUUUAGCUAUACGGUCUACCUUCACCUCCAUGUCCAAGGAUCACCAUGAAACUAUUCUUCAAGAAAGUCUGCAAAAACUUGAAGAACAACAACAAAAAGAAAGGCUUGAAAAAGAUGUAGAUAAAGAAGGAGGGUUGGCAUGGAGGGAAGGUGUUGAAGAAGAAGAAGAAAAAGAAGAGUGCAAAACGCCAACUUCGAGUGAUCACAAAAUACCCACCAUCCAAAGCUGCCCGCCGACGCCAAAGAAGACAGUGAGAGUAAGUAUGGUCCACAAGAGGAAGUUAUCUGAGUUGCACUUCUUUGAAACUACAAGAAGAGAAGAGGUAGAGUCGUUCUUUCGCUCUAACUCUCACCCACUUACAGUUGAUGCCUCUCCCGGUGUCAAGAGGAGGAGGUGUAGGAGUGCUUGAUCAUUUUAAUUACCUUUUUUUUUAUUCAAAAUUAAUUAGCAUUAAAUCUAGAUUAUCAGAUAUAUAUCACCAUGUAAAUUAAUUAAUGCGAUGUCGACUUUAGUUUCUUACUAAAUAAUUUACCCUUCAUUUUGUUGAUCAAAAUUUGGAUAUGAAGAUCAAAGAUAGGUUCAACUAUACAAGGGAGAAGAAAGGUUGUGAAUUAGCUGCACUAUUAAUUUGUUGAAAUUAUAGGACAGAAAAAAAAAUAUAUGUUGAUGUGAAUGUUUUCAAA